AUGGCUUUUAAGGAUAUGGAAAAAACACCCGUGCAGCCGGAGGUGGCAAGUCACCGAGUUCGAAUCACUGUAGCGACCCGCAAGGUAAAAUCCCUCAAGGUGUGUGCUGACUUGAUCAGAGGAGCACAGAAAAAGAAUCUCAAAGUGAAAGGACCAGUUCGAAUGCCUACCAGGACUCUGAGAUUCACUACAAGAAAAACUCCUUGUGGUGAAGAUUUUAAGACGUGGGAUCGUUUCCAGAUGAGAAUCUACAAGCGACUCAUUGACCUGCACGAUCCUUCUGAGAUUGUUGAGCAGAUUACUUCCAUCAGUAUUGAGCCAGGAGUGGAGGUGGAAGUCACCAUUGCACAUGCAUAA